AUACGAUUUCCAGUCCAAGUGAAACUCUUUGUUCUGAAUAUUGUCGUCGCGUUGCUUUUAGCAGUCAACUACUACCAUGUUGGGUGUUAUAAAGACAAAUCCGCCCGAGCUAUUCCAAAGAAUCUCGGUGUUUGGAGAAAUGACAAUAAACUUAUUGAGAAGUGCGCACAGGCCGCAAAGCAGGCUGGAUACUCAGCAUUUGCAGUACAGUUCAAGAGUGAGUGUUGGUCAGGACCGCUGGCUCAUAUGACAUACAGCAUUUAUGGAACCUCAAGCGGAUGCUUAAACGGAGUCGGGGGAACCUGGGCACAAGAUGUUUACUUUUUUAGUAAGUGGUGUUUCGUGACGUCACUUCCUUACGCAUGCGCAUUCUUCCCGUCAUCUUACAAGUGCUUUUUACAGUUGGCUGCCGUACUAACAACUGUCAAUGCAUUCUAUUCUGGUUAAUACUUAAUGAGAAUCUCUGUAAUGGAACUCGUUUCUUGUAUCAUUACGCCAUUCUUCUCUCCUUUGCGGGGGAAGAAUUUUGGGUGACAAUUCAAAGAGCGGUUGGGUUUGAGGCUGUUAACAGCGUUUUAAACAAAUUUUGUGCUUUUUUCGGCUGUACCUUUUUCCUUUAAUUGCCAAAUAAUUUUAAUAAAACUGAUGACGUUCUCCUUCGGUGAAGUGUGUUUUUAUAAUGACAUGUAUGUAACACUUUUAGUUAAUUAUAUGUGCCAUCUUUUUUCGUAAAUUUUUCUACUUCCUACUCUUCUUCCGACGCUUCCUUAUAAACCAUGAUUUUUUUUUGCACGCCAUUUUUCCUUCAAAAUAUUUCUCCGUUUCUGAUUGGCUCAAAUCUACGGGCCAAUUCUUCAUAAGUAGCUGGCGUUUACCAAAUUUGGAAGACGUUCGCGACAUGAAGUAAAAUUGCGCCAAUUGUACAGGAUAUCGCUAGACAGCAACUAAGAAGCCCUAGAGACGAGAUUGCGUUCGUUCAGCCGUUUCUCUAGAGCUGGAGAAAAUGGCGGAAACUUUCACACGUUUUGCGAAGAAGAAAUAGCUGAAAUACUGCCUAAAAAGAGCAAGAAGAGCAAAAAUACAGCUCGACGGUUGACAACCGCAGUGCCAUUUGAACCACAUCUGCUAUACUAAACAUUCCUAGACAUAAUUAUCUAAAAUUUACCAAUCAAGUAACAGGCAAAUGAAGAUAGGAGCUUAGCAUCGGUCGAGGUAAGGUUAUUUAAAAGUAUGAAUUAUUUUGAAUGAAUGAUAAAACAAUUAUUGGAUUCGGCCGAGGCUGAGACGGAUAACACCCUCCGAUAUAUGCGUAAUUCUUCAGAUUUUACUGAGCUUCAUUUAAUAAUAGCUAAUUAACGGAUUGCCUGCAAUUACACAAUAGCAUCUUCAUUUCCACGCGCGUCACGUCUUCUCGCUGGAGGAGAGAACAGUUAGGACAAGAGCCACGAGGUUGAACAGUAAGAAACCACUAUUUUAAACUUUAUCUCCUUCACAGCUGCUCAGGCCGGAGUCACCCAGUGCUCCCGCGGCAUAGCAUGACUCCGGCCCGAGCGGUUGCGAAGGAGAGUAAGUUUAGAAUAGUGGUUUCUUGCUGUUCAACCUCGUGCCCAGAUGAUGCUAUGUAGCACUAUUUGAUGAAGAAACCUUUGGUUUUCUUUCAGAUUCUACUCAAGUUGGAAACUAUCACGUAAGAAGAUGUUACACAUUCAAUGUAAUUUUUCACUAUAGAAUUCCUGGUGGACUUACUAGCGACACUAUUGCACAAAAGAAAACUUCAAUCGCUGACAUAGUCUCCUCAGUGUUUCCCAGUCUCAAAAAUCUACUAUUAGAAUGUAAUAAAGUGAACAUUACCAUUGAAAACAUCGUAGCAUCGCCUCCAGGAGUUAACAGUGUAUUCUUCAGAAUACCUGUUGUACUUACAGCAUCAGAUAGUGUAGCCGACAGUGGAGUGUCCUCUACGCUUAUAAGCUGUCUAGACAAGUUAAGGGAGUAUAAAGCACUUUUAGAUCAACGUAUACCGACUAUCACUAAAGGAGGGUCUACGUAUUCAAACUACAAUGGUUCUACAAUGACAGACAAGAAGUCAUGCUGUGGUGGAAAUAUACCGCCACCUUGCUGUGCCGCGGGCUCAGUCAAGGUGUCGAGCACCAAAUGCGGUAAGCAAUGAAGCAAUGUAGAAAUCUCUUUCGCUUAUUUAUGUCUUGCGAUCUUCUCCUUUCGGCCACGGCCGUUAAACCUCAGUCACACAUACAGUUAUGAUCAUCGUCAAAAUUGUUAGGAAGGCUACUAGUUUGUCGCUCUUUUUCCUUCUUUUCCCGUUCCUGGGCCAAUGUUGAACAAGUGUUUGUGCGCGAAACUGUUCUGUUAUAAACCAAGAACAUUAGAGAGCUUAAGCAACGACAACGGUGACGGUCAGGAGAAGGAGAAAAAGCAAUAGGUUUAAUAAGCAAAACAACAACUUUGCACGUGCAUCACGCUUUGCACGGCUACGACGUGAAACUGCCUAAUUUGACGUUCUGUGGAGGGUGUGAACGCAAGACAACGAACCUCUUUUUCUUUUCCUGAACUUUGAUACAGUCUGUUAGAAUUCAACUCCAGAAAAAAUGGCCAAAUUUGACGAAUUGAACAAGAUGGAAAAAGCGCGUGAAAGUUUGAAGCGGAGCGAACAUACUUUUUAAGUGACGUUUUCGUAGCCGUGGCCGUCAUUGUUAGUGCUUAAGCUCCCUAUUAAAAACGGGGGACGGGGGAUGCAUUUAGCAAAGGGGCAACCAUCUUCUUUUAACAUUACAAUGAACUGCCGUUAAGUUGUACAACCUUCCUGACUACUUUUGUCCAGGAUUGUACCUCAGUUCACAAGAAUCGCUUUACAACGUGCGCUGUAUUUGUUAAUUUUGUCCACAUUUUCCACAGCCUGCUUGCCUGGAUUCUAUUACGUUCCCAGCAGUCUGUGCGUUCGUUGCCCUGUCGACACUUAUCAAGAAAAUCAGGGAAAACAGAAGUGUCAGAAAUGCCCUCAAAAGAAACAGACGUUUGGAAAGACGGCAUUGACAAGCAAGACGAAUUGCUCAGGUAUGACGAAAAAAAAAAGGUUGACCCAGCUAUCUUCUAAAAUUUCAAGAUUCCGUACAACACCUAGCCUGCGAACGCAGACGUAUUUCCGGUCGUCGCUUCCCUCCACCCGAUGGAAGCGACGACCGGAAAUACGUCUGCGUUGGCAGCAAGAGUGGUUCGCAGGCUAUACAACACCAGUUACGGCUUGAUAAAUGCAAUUUAGAAAGGUCAAGGGUAGCUUGUGAAUAAUGCCGUCCCCCCUCCUCACCACUACGAACGUCCCUCAAGGCCUGUAUAUAUGAUGUGACCGAGCCUGGUUAGCAGGACUGUCCGCUUUACCGGGUUGGCUCGACUCAGGUCUUGUUUCCUUUUAAAAUUUUAAUUGUGUUUAUAUGAGAAGGUUGGCUGGCCCGGUUUGCCAAGAUCCCGGUUGCUCGAGCCGAGAUCUCAGCAAGCAAGCCACCCAGACUUUUCAGGGAAUCUGUGGACAAACUCCUGUUGUGUUAUCAUUGAAAUAAGAACUCUAGGGCAAAAAUUUUACAUCGUGUUAGUCAUAUCUUUGGAUUUCAGAAAAAAAUAUUUUUAUCGUUAUUAUUAUUUUUUUAAUUUUUACUCUGACCACCAUUAGGAGUGAAAGGUUUGAUGGUGUUCGGCUGGGACAACUGACCCUCUUCCUGUUUUCAAAUGUGGUAGUUGCUUUACCUUACAUUGCUACAGCCAUUCCUUUAAUUUUUCUUCCUUUUCUCUUAGAUACAAACCCUCUUCAGCUUGGCAUAUAUCGCUACCCUUCCCUGCCUUAUAACAUCAAGGCAGGUACUGUGAUUGGAAAUGUUACUGUCACAGGAAAGCUUGCUUCACUGGUGAAGCCUUUCCUGUAUUACCUUGACUCCGUCACGCAACGACAGCAGCAGCCUCGGCCGACGCAGUCACGCACUCUUCUAAAGCGUCGACGGCGUGAUAAGGUUAAUGGCCUUGAUGACGUUUGUGAAGAGGCAGGGACAGUCACACCUCUGAAUUAUUUCUGUAUUCACCGACUGACUGGAAAGAUAGAGGUCACGGAAGACUUCGCUUUCGUCGAUGGAGAGGAAUUUGAAUUGAAAGUUCGUGUGACAGAUUGCGACCCUUCGGGAAAAACUGAAAAUGAAGCCGUCUUUCAAUUAAUUUCUUACGACAGUUGUAAUAAAAUUCGAAAGUUUUAUGACGAAUCUGUGAAGUUUUGUAGCAAUGUGUCAUCAGCUUUGGUGUGCCCGAGUGUAAACUGCUUAGUACCUCUGUUUAACUGGCGGAUGGCACUGAACACGUCAAGCGAAAGGCUGAGAUCGGAGUGCUCUUCUGAUCCAAAAAAUAUGGAAAGCAUUAAACAACGAUACUCCAGCUGUAUUGGUAAGUCUUAUACCUAGAUUUCCUCUUUCCUUGAGUCAUGCGGAGAACUGGGCACGAGAUAAGGAGGUCACGUGUCAUAGUUGAAUGCAGUUCUCGCUCUAGCCAAUCUUGGUCUUCCAGUCAGUAAGGGCUUCUUUCUCAGAACUUGACAUGACUACGGGAAUCUCGUCAAGUUCUGUUGGGACAAUUUAGUUUGUUAAAAAACAAUUAGUAAAACAGUGAGGAAGUCCUACUCUAAGUCUAGGGCAUGGCGUGAUGAUAAUAGUUUUACUAUAGUUCUCUCUCAGACGAUCAUACUCGAUAGUGUGACCUUUAUACCUUCCUCAGAGAGCUACCAUUCAAUAGGUUAUGAAACUAAACCUGGCUACAUCCUUUUCUUUGGUGGCGCUUACGGACAAAACACUUCCCAGAAUCAGCCAAAACACCCCCCAGAAUCCUAAUUCUGGACGUUUUUUUGAUUCUGGGACGUGUUUAGUCCCUACGAAUCACCGUACUUUUCGACGAAGACAUCAUUUGUUUUCACUAGUUUUGCCCAAACGACAGGCUUGUCAAUGAAUCUCUUCUCGUAUCACCUUGCGUGUAAGAUGUCUCAUUGACUCAUUGAUAUUGUAGUAUCUUCUAACAAAACUGUGAUCGUAGAAUUCUCUAAGACCCUCUAAGUACGCAACUUUCGUUGUUUAACGUUUUGUAAUGAAAACAGCUUGUUUCUCUUUACAGGGCCUCCAGAAGUUAAACUGAGUCCAGUCUCUCAGAGUUUCGCAAAAGGCGAGGUCGCUGUGCUGUCGUGUAAUGCCAGUAGUGCGCUGCCCAUGACGAUCACGUGGUUUAAGAACGAGCAACAAAUAGAUUUUGGGAGCCAGUUGCAGAUACGCGACUUUGAAAAUGAUGACCAAGGCGACUAUUAUUGCAAGUUCUCGACAGCUCUGACGAGUAUUUACUCUAAACCAGCUUUACUUGUUUCGAAAGGUAAUGAUUAGCACUGACAAUACCAGAAAACAAUGAAUUACUUAUGCGCGAUCCCGCAAGAUAACACUGACGCGCUAUCGUUGGAAAUAUGAGUGCAAACAGUUAAAAACGUCGUCCUGUGUGAAAGAUGUAAAACCUGUUUCUAAGGGUCCACCCACACCAAUGAUCCGCUUUGGUUCAGUUUUGCAUCAAUACAUCCUGGUCUUGCGUAUGCGCUGGUCCUUAGAAUUGGAUAAGUAAAGGAGACUUUUGAACUUGAAUUGUUGUAGAUGAUGAUUGCAUAACUCUAUUCAGUUCACAAAUGCUUAAAUAAGCAUGAACCUUUAAAGAAAACGUAUGAGCAAGAUGAGUAAAAACGAUACAAAAUCGCUAGUGCGGUUGCGUAAAAAGUUAAAGGGCGAGGCUUGUAUCGGAGUCGUCAUGGUAACGGUACAGGUUUACUUGUGAUCAACCGAACACAAUCAUUUGAACGCAAACGAACGCCCCAAUUUUAAUGUGGUUUCGAAAUGGGUGGUUGUAUCUGUCUUUUUUAUAGAAGCACAGUUAGAGAUGUAGUACCUUUGUACUCUAUUUAUGGGAGAAAAAAUAAAAUUCGAACAAUUUACUUUCAAUUUCAGAUGUCAUAACUUCAAUCGUGUCGUUUAGAAUUCCCAAUCAAAAGCACGCAGAUGACUUGUCGGAUCCAAGCAGCUCAAGGUACUCGGAUAUGCAAGUCAAUAUACAGAGAAAUGUAAGUAAAUUUAAAAUUGCAGUCCUGCUUAAAGGAACAGUGUCCCGUUACUGCGCAUGCACCAAACUUUGAUUUUUGGACAGGAUGUCGCGAAAUCAAAAGAUGCGAGGAGAGUAAGAUAAUCUUGAAAAAUCCGUUUGCAUCGCGCUUGGUCGGGUUCAAUACGACACUAAAACUUCUCAGGAUUAUAGAUCAAUGAUAUAUUGUUCCUGUUAAGUUUCGAUUUGGGCAAAAUCUGGAUUUUUUGGCGUUACUUUCAUUGCCGUUUGCCGGAGGACCAAAAGAUUGGAAGCACUUUGAUGCCGAUUGAAGGCUUAUUUCUUCUGCUAGCUUCCAUACAAGCUCAGAUAAUUGUGAAAGGAAUACGCAGAAAUGAAACAGCAACAAUAAAGACUGUAAGAAAGAAACCGUUGAGACAUUGAUGUGACUGAGGAGAUCUUGUGGAGGGGAGCUUCGUGAAGCAGAAUGUUUUGCUACGACGCGUCAGUAAACUUUUAAAUGAAUCUCCGUACGGCCGACAAAAUCGACCAAACAGGCGCUACACGUUUUGAAAAACUGGUGACAUGAAUCCUAAUAUCGUUCUUGACUAACCUUUGUGAUGAUUCAUAGCGUUGAGAUUGCAUUUUUAUUUAUGUCUUUCAAACGUUUGAGGCUAGAACGCGAGCAAAUCAGGCAGAUAUUACUGGACUUGGAGCGAUUGACCUCUGACACGAGUUUCAAAUUAGAAAAUAUGUUUUUAAAGCGAGCGGAACGAGAUUUUCGGGUCGCGAGGCGGCCCAGCUAGCGAUAAAAUCGCGAUGAGUCUUCGAACCCUGAGCCAAAUUUUUAUAUAAGACGAAAGACGUCUUCGAAAGUCUAAAAUAUUACUUGAGAAUAUAAACAACAAAUCUCUGUCGGCGGUGCGGUCCGGAAGGAAAUCUCGUCGAGUCAAUUUGACAGUUCUAUUGUCUUUUAAAGAAAAAACAGAUGACGCCCGCGCGUGCGCAUAAUCGGGACACUGUCCCUUUAAUUAUCCCUUUAUGUGUUUCUUGUCCCCAGGCGUCUGUCUUUGCUCUCAAACAGCACGCGUGAUUUCAUGGGAAGGAUGAAAUCAGGCGUGAAGGAUGCACUGCACCCAGUGGAUUUGGCGCACUCAAACGAACCAAGAUGGCUAGAACAACGUUCAGUUUAUUAUAAUGUUAUCGUUUAAUAUUUGUUUAUUCCAGCUUGAAAACUAUUUAAACUCUGGAAAUCCUCCCUGGAGAUAUCAAGUUGAGCUGAUUAAGUUCAGGUUAGCGCCUUUGUGUUAUGCACUUUUUGUGAACAAACUUAACACCCAAUCGUACAUGUUCAGCCUACCUCACGCCACAUCACCUCGCAUCUUCGCGCUUUAUGGCGCAUGAGGCCCCGCCAACCUGCCUUUUCCCUUGCACAAGCUCUCUAUUGAUCCCAGUACGCCCAUCCUGCCUCUGCUUUCUCCCUUUCUGUUGUCCUACGCCACGUUGUUCUUGAGCGCCCAACUUUUUGCAUUCCGUCAGGGACCCAGAACAGCGCUGUAACACAGUGAUACAUGUCCAAGCCACUUACAGUGCUAUACUUACACUUUCACAUCCGCAUAAUGUGUUUAUCUCGUCGAUUGACAGUAGAUACCCAUAAUCCUCUUCAGGUACCCAUAAUCAGGGUUGUCACUAAGAUUUCUAGUUGCCAGGCAAAUACAAAAAGUAGGCGGAGAAUCAAACAGCUAGGGGUUUCUUUUCUUUCUAUUUUUCUUCCAUUUUCCUUUGAAAGCAGCCGGGGGCCACGUUCAUAGUAGCCGGGGAAAAUCCCCGGCCCCCUCCUCUUAGUGACAGCCCUGUAUAAUCCUCUUCAGGCACGAAUCCAGUUUUUAGUUGUCUGCGAGUAGAUCUUCCAUAUCGCAUCCGUACAGUAGGACCUAGUGUUUUGUUCAUCUUGAUUUCACCUUUCUUACUUAAUGUUUGGAACUAACUUUAAGUGCUUUUUUAAAAAAUAUCCAGGGACUCCUUCAGUAAAGUGGGUGCGGACAUAAUUGUUUACAGCCCGGCUACCAUGGGAGAUUUUACCUCUUACUACAAUAGACUGGAAAGGCUGUUGUCCGAUGAAAGUGAAAUGAACAAAUUGCUGAAACCUUUGAAAGUGUCACGCAAGAGCUUGGUCAUAAGGAGUGCUAGUAAGAUCCUUUGAGUUUCCAAGACGAAGCUUCGUUCUUUUAAAGAACACCACAAUAGCCAGCGCCAAUUACAUUAGGACCCAUAGCUUUCCCCUUCCCAAAAAAACAAUGAAAGAUGGACCACAACUUCGGUAGCCUGCAGAGCAGGUGUCUUUUUUUUAACGAAAGCUCAGAGGUACACUGAUCGCGACCGCCCUCUUAAAACCAAAGAAAAACCGUCAACGUCUCCCUUGAAAUCUCCCUUGACUCGCUGUCUCUUUCAACGUCAAAGAUGGCGGGAGAACAUUAGUCCCGAAAACAGUAUUAUUAUAUAAACGCCAAUGAAAAACCGUGUGAAGAUAUCACGCAUGUUUUCGCGCGAAAGCUCACCUGGUAUUUCAUUAGCGUUUAUAUAAUAGAGGAUAUUACAUGGCCGCGCGGAGAUACGAAAUUAACAAAAGGUAUAUUUCAUGUGUUAAUUUUACCCUUGCAGCUCACUGUCUUCCUGAGAAAACUGGAAAAAUAUCCAUCAUGGGAAUCUUUGAUUGGCAGUUAACUGUGAUUGGUCAGAAAGGUUCACCCGUGAAAUGCCCGUAUGGACCAACAGCCUCCACUGCUACACGUCUCUGUAGCGGGAAUUUUUCUAGCGGGGGUGUAUGGAAAGACCCGGAUGUAAGCAGUUGCAAGUUCAAGUCGGAGAGGACAAAUAAGCUUAAUGCCCUUGCCAAGGUCUGCAAAACGUUCCUUAACACACUUCUCCCCCUAAAUACUGGCAAAAAAGGAGUCCCGUAUAGCACUGUCACUUGAGUUGAAAAACCCCUAGAUUGUUGGUUUUCACUUGACGUCACUAAAAUUCAAACUACAAAACUAUCGAUGCUACCGAGAUUUUACUUUCACGAUGUAUUAGAGCAGCUGAAAACUAAUUUUCAUACAAAUUUUCGCUUCAAAGGGUUCUUGGUUUUGUGAUAGAGUACGCUCGAAUUUAUAAGCUUUUGCGUGACGCCAAGAGAGUUGACAUGUAGAUUAAAAAAAUAACUUAUUUCAAGGAAUUUUGCUAUCUAAACAGCUUUGUAUUAGAAAAAGUAUUACUUUAAUGUUUGUGAGUUCCUCGAAGAAUAAAUUCACGCUUUUGUAGCAAAACUCGGUAACAGAUGUUUCUGCUGGUUUCCGUCCGCCAUGUUGGUGCUCAUCCGGAUGAGCACAAGCAUUGUGUCUCCGUACAAAUCUCUAUAAAUUUGGGUAAAACAUUUCUUCGGAUAUCUAUGAAUGGCGUGACACUGAAAACCAGCAAUGCAUGUGCAAAGUUUCAGUUCCGUUUUAGAGUUGAAAACUGUUAAUAAAGGAUAACAACUUGAAAGAACUUAGGCUAUGGAAAAAGGAUAAGGGUUAUGUUGACUUAUAGUUAACCAAACUCUUCUUAGGGUCGCGUCGACAAAAAUAACGUUGGUAAAGUAACAAAAGAAGUGAAAGAUCUGACGUCAGAGGCAGAUGAUAUGAACGAGGCUGACGCUGUACUGAUAGCUGACGUCAUAGGAAAUGUUGUCUUAUUGGGGGAUUCAUUGAAUGAGGUAAUUGAAUACAACCUAUACAUUUUAGAUUCAAAGAGCUUUAACUGUAUACUGAUAUUGACGCUAUCGUCAACACCAAACGAUAGACUACAUCCUCGAUAACAGUGCCUCGUCAUCUCAUCAUAUGCUUAUUUGAAAAGCAAAAGGCUAUUUCCCGAGUUGCAGCCUCUGUUUCAAGCGAGACUAAGUGCUAAGCCAUUGAUAUGAAAAAGAUUUUUUUUAUUAUUCUCAUGCAAAACUCAUUUUCACAUCGAAGGUUUAGCACUUAGCCUCGUUAUGAAAGUGAGAGAUUUGGGAACUCGGAAAUGGCCUGUCUGCGCGUUAUAAGUGAUAAAAUUGUUUAAUUAUUAAUUAUUAUUCAUACAAAGUAUUCUAUAUCGAUGCCAAAAUGUUGAUACUUCUCUUGAUAGGGUUUCCUUCUUUGAUUGAUCCGUUACAGUCCUCAUUUCUCUGUCAUUUUUUCAUGAUUGUUUUCCAGACUGCUCAAGACGUUGUGGAUGUCAUUGACAAUGUUAUGAAAAUGAAGAGGGAGGAUUUGAGAGAAAGUCAACGAGCAAAUAAAGCUUCUUCAAAGUAUGAAAUUCUUCAGAGUAUUUAUUUCUAAAUUUUUGUGCUUGCGUCAAUGCCUAGAUUAUUUCAAAAUUUUAACAGGUCAUAAACUGUCCUUGUUUUGACCGUCACCGAAAAACUGAAAUAAUCAUGUGGCCCCAGUUGUCAGUUCCUGAGUUGUUCAGUGGAUAGUGCAAUUGGUUUGGAUAACGCUAUCGAACGUUUCAACAACCCGGGCCCGGGUAGUAAAUUGGAAUAAAAAGAAAAAAAUAGAUCAAAAGGGAACGAGAAACUGCAUACACUUAACAGCCAAUACUAUAAUGGGAGAAUGAUAGUUAAAAGAUGGAAAAUAGCUUUUUACUGUAUUUUAUUUGAAUGGUCGAUGAACCUAUCUGAUUUGUGCACGUAACAUUUUUCUUUCAGGUUUGUUGAAGCGCUGGACACAGUGGCUCAGAAUCUUCCACUGUCGGCUAACAAAUCGUCCAGGCGUCUAGUUGCCCCUAGUUUAGCGAUCCAAUCGAGCCGAGCCGACCCAGAUUCCUUCUCGGGCAUGUCUCUUGCUGUGAAACCGCCUGCCGCUGACCCAAACAAGUUAAGUCCGGAUAGCAUGGUCAACAAAGAACUUCCGAUGGCGGAUGUUCAAACGUCAAUCAAAUUACCGGAAGUUAUGUUUGAGAAUCAAGACCCUUCGGUGAAACGGGUUAAGAUUGGCUUCGUGAUCUACCAGAAUGACAAGUUUUUUCAAUCUGUUAUCCCUGAUGAUGUCCAGACUGCCCCUAAGCCGUUUUCAGUUAUGAGUCGAAUUAUUUCCAGCAGUGUCCAGGGAAUGACGUUUGACAACCUAACUAAACCCGUUGAACUUGUUUUUGAACCUAUAAGCAAUUUUGACGAGGACGGCGGAGAAACUGUCUGUUCGUUUUGGGACUUCAAUGCAAUGCGUAAGAGUUCUGUUUUGUUUAACUGUAUAUUAUCACACACGAGCUUUGUCUUAAUCGCCGCGGGAAUAUUCAAAGCUUAUUUCCCGCUGAAUGCAAGUAAACAGUGGACCGAACUGUUAGAACUGAGCCUAUUAACAGGCUUUCUAGUUGGGGAUUAGGUGGCAGCAAAAGCACGAGCUUUAACUAGCCGUGGGCAAAUUGGGGAUAAGGAAAGGGGGCUCUUUCUUCUCUUUAUUCCAUCCCCUCCACGUCUCUUUGAACCUUCCUCGCCUUUUCUCCGUCUUCUACCCCACGGUAAAGCUACUUACUCCAUAACCCCGGGCGAGCAGCUCCCAUACCAGGCCUAUUCCACGGCGUUUUCGAGGACCGGUUUGUCCUUGGAUACAUUUUAGAUGUACUUAUUCCCGCGUAAAUGGAAUCUCGCUCAGUUUAUGAGCGCAUUUUUGGAGUAUAAGAAAUGAUAGAAAAACUGAACGCCAUGAAAAGGUCAAAAACUACGAUUUUGAGGUCUGUAGGCCUGAUGACUGGUUUGUGGGACUUAAAAGAUAUUGUAAAUUCGCGACAAAACUGUUCUAAAAAUAAAUUGGUAGGUGAAAACGCCGUAGCAUAAGCAAGUGGAAGUUGCUCGCUCCGGGUUGUGGGCUCCUGGCUGCUUACAGGCCAAAGACUAAGGGAGCAAAUGUGAACUCUUUGAUAACUCCUCACAGCUUUACGAGUUAGUGUUGACGUGGUUUCGUGACCUCUUUGUAGGAAAUUUGCUAUUUUUUUCUAUACAGUGUGCUUACAAGCGCAUGGCUCGAAGACACGAAUUUUGAAUACUGAAGCAAACUGUGACAGAUACUGGUUAUCAUAACGACAUUGCAUUCGACAAACGUCUUUCGUUUAAAUCGGUCUUUACGAAAUUGGCGAAGAAUUUUCUUGUAGAAUGUUCGGCAACUUUAGCUAAUUGACUUCUGAUUUAACCUAUGUUUAGGGGGCCUUGGUAACUGGUCAGAAAGAGGCUGCAGACUAGUGAAGAAAGAGUCAGGCCGUGUGAAAUGCUACUGUGAUCAUAUGACCAAUUUUGCUGUUUUAUUUUCUGCGUCGGGCCCCACGAGUCAUGCAGAGCACGCUUCCCACGCCAUGGCGUUGUCAAUCAUUUCAUACGUGGGUUGUGCCAUUUCAUUGGUUGGACUGGCUCUGACGUUGCUUACGUAUUCGUUAUUCAGGUUUGUAAACAACUUUUUCCGAGAAAUAAUUAACCUGAGAAAACAGCCGACAUGUCGCGACGCCACCUCUGGUUUCCCCGCUAAAUGACGUCAGAGGAACGAGCGCAGAAAUUCCAUCCUGGUGACGAGUCACGACCCAGAUCUGGUUAGUACUUCUGAUUGGUCGUGCUGCGAGGGAAUGUUUCUUCAACCAAUUAGAAGCAGAAUCCAGAUCUGGGUAGUAGUACGUCAUCAGUAUGGGAUUUCUGCGCUCGCUCCUCAGUCGUCAUUUCGCGGGGAAACCAGUUGUGGUGUCGCCUCUAUGAGGUGUUUAUGCCUAUGACAUGCGACGCACGUUUUAGUCAAGUUGCCUCUUGCGUUUCCGUAUUACUUGUACCUGGAAGCCCAAACCGCAAACAAUGAAAUUUUGUGCGGCUUUUCUUGUCGCAGUAGUGUUGCCUUUCUGUCUUUGAGUGGUUGUUUUUCGCUGCUGCGCUGCUGACACUAGUUUUGUCGAAGAAAACUGUUCGAUACGCGCUUGAAGCCAUGAGAAUUCGCCCGUUAUGGGCGGAAGGUUUGUCUUCGCUUCUUGCGUAGUUGUACAUAGGAGACAUGGCACUGAAAAAUGAAAGAGAUAGUUGUUUUUCUCAGAAUUCAAGGGACAUCUCAUUUACAUAAGGACUGUGGGUUUUCUCCAGUAAGAGGUGCUGGUAGAGUUUCUCAUUUUAAUGAGAAAUCGCUUCUUUUAAUAGUGACGUACGAUUUUGUAUAAUCUGUUCUCAAUCUGUCCCUUCGCACAGCUUAAUUUGAUCCCGGAGCCACGAAGCUUUGAAAAAGAUACGUUUUCAUAUGCAUGUAAAAACACACUUGCUAUGGUUUUAGGGCAAGCUGCAAUGUUUGGAUCAUUCAUUUAUUGUUUCGUAAGCUAAUUAAACAACUCGUUGUCAGAGCUUCGUGGCCCCCCUUUUGAACAAGUUUUACUUUUGGUCAAAAUUUUGUCCUCUUCUCCACAGAAAUUUACGCAAAACAAACCAGCAGCCAAUCCUGAUGAACUUGUGUGUGUCACUCAUGUUACUGCUGAUCGUAUUUAUCGUGGGAGCAGGGCAAACGGGAAAUCUGAUUGGCUGUCGCAUAGUGGCCUGUUUAUUGCAUUUCUUAGUUCUGGCGUCCGUGAUGUGGAUGGGAGUGGAGGGCUAUAAUAUGUAUAUGUGUUUUGUACAAGUGAUGGCCACCUAUCAAUCAAAGUUCAUGCUCAAAGCGUCUGCGGUAGCCUGGGGCGUACCUGCAGUCAUUGUGAUCAUUACUGUUUCCGUGGCAACGACAUACUAUGGAAACGAAGAUGUGUAAGUACUGUUUAACUUUACUUACAACGUUCAAGUUUGGACAUGCGCCCGGACUUGCAUUUAGGAAAAUACUUUAACAGAGCCCAGAGACGCAGAGUUCUAGUACCAGCUGCGUACUUAGAAAAAUAUUCUUGCGCUCUGAGUCUCAAGUCCUUGAUAUCAACGAUCAUAUAUACUCCUCACUGUUUUUCUUGUUUUUAUACAUUUCUUAUUGCACACUGUGUUUUGUCUUUGGUAAUCUUUUCCUCUUUUUAAGAAGAGCAAGUUUAAGGAGAAAAUAAUUCCGAUCACUUCUCUUGGGUUUUAAGGUGAUAAGUGUGUGAAUUCGUAUAGGCUGUUCCAAGAGUUGAGAUUGUGAGGACGGCGCGAAGAGAUGUGAUCAGGAAAAACAGCGAGGGGGUGGGGUAGGGAUUGAGAGUGUUCCCUCCUCUCCCUCUCCCUCUCUUCCUUCUUUUUCCCCACUUUCUGCCACACUCCACUAUUUAUACGUUUCUGGGAAACUGCCAGCCUACUCCUCCCCUAAGCCAUCAUUUUGCCGUAACCGAGAAGUACCUGUUUAUGUUGGCUUAGGGGAGGGGUAGGUGGGCAGUUUACAAGAAACGUACAAUGAUCCCGGAAGGAUACGUAUGAUUCAUGCGAUGCUCUAAAAUACUCUUGCUGUGGAAUGGCUUGGGUAGAACUUGGGUAGUUGCUGUAGCAUAAUACUGCAAAGCGAGAGGGGAUGGAUGGUUGUUAGGUAGGGCGAGAGCUAUCUUCCCUUAUCGAACCAACCAACGCGGUAAGUCAGAGUAACUGGUAUAAGCCGGUUAUCACUGGUUUGUGGUCGGUACCUCCUCUGCGGAGGUGAACGACAUGAUAUAGGACGGACGGACAUUACUGUUUUAACAGUAGACAUAAACUGUCUUUUCUGCGAUCUUUCUUGUUUUACCUAAAGAUACUACAUUUUUAAAAAAUAAAUAAUGCUUUUAUUGACAGUUUUUUCUUUUUAUUAUUCAUUAACAGCUGUGUGUUGCACGGACUUCCCUUUCAAGUUGCUCAGUUCGCUCCCAUUCUCGCAAUAGUAGUCAUCAACCUCGUUAUUUUUAUCCUCGCCAUUCGAGCACUGAACAAAAGCGGCGCAUUAGUGUCAGCGGAUAAGAAAUCUUCUUCAUAUCAGCGUGCGCGUACAGCCACCGCCAUUUUGCUUCUGUUGGGUCUUACCUGGCUUUUUGGCGCGCUAGCCAUCUCACGCGCGCAAAUCGUCUUUGAAUAUUUGUUCUGCAUUUUCAACUCACUUCAAGGCUUCUUGAUCUUCUUUUUCCAUUGCUUGAGACAACAAGAAGUCCGUAGUCAGUGGAAAUGGUUUUUGAGCGGUAAAGGAAUUGGUUACCAGAGGACGGAGACCGAAUCUCGUUCAGGUUACCCUAGAACAGUUUCCCAUGGCCAUAACUACAAGGUGGAUACUCCGAGCUCGUCAUUGGUGAUGAAAGAGGGUCCGCCGAAACGAAAAGAGACAGUCUUGUCUUCCCUUGGCGACCCUUCUCGGAAUUUACGAAAUCAACCAGAUGUUAUUCCAGCUUAUGUUUGAUAAAUUAAUUCGUAAGGUUCUUAUGUGGGAGAUAAGGGAUAACUGAAAUGACUUUGGGUUAGCGCAAUGUAAUUAAAGGUGUAACCUUUAACUCUGAAGAGCGCCUAAGAAAAGUUCAAGAAAAAAGGCUUGUCCUUAAAAUAAGUACUUAAAAGUACUGCCUAAGUUGCCUUUCUCGCGCGCAGCAGAAUGUUUCGGGAACUGCCGCUGAACACACAUCUUCAGUCGAAGGAUGAAGCCGCGAGCAGCAAAGCUGUGAGAAAAAACCUCUUCUUUUUGCGCUGGAUAAAGACUUUAGAUAAGACAAGAUGGGAAACUGCGCAUUUAAAGUCUCUGGCACUCAGGGCCUACUGAAAUGGUUAAAGCUACAGCCUUUCCAAUCUUGAAAAGUCUUCAGUGUAGGCAGAGUCGACUAACCUUGCCGAAAAUGUAUAAAAGCAUUAACAAUGUUAAAUUAUUUAUCUUAAAGCCCAAGCUCAGAGUAGGAUGAUCAGAAGGAAUCAGUGGAAUAGCGUCUUUUUGGAAAAUUCAUAUUAAAUAAAUAAGCCGGUGAUGAUGUAACAGUAGCUAACAGUGGACCGUGUGUGCGUCUUCUUGGCUAAUUUGUUUUUAAGUUAUUCGAAUCAUUGCGUUAUUAACCUAUGUAGAUGGUAGGUUCUUUAUGCGUAAGUUUUACUAGAGGUAAACUUUUUCACUUUGUUGCAAGUUGUUUUGUUCCUCUGUGGCAAUCAAAUUCGGAGCAGGGAACAAAUGGGAACGAGACAUUAUUUCUAAGGGGGCCGUUAUUAUAUGUUUUUACGACAAAUUUUGUGUGAAGAAGUAUAUUAUACAGCUAUUGACCUUGCUGAAAAAUAAAACUACCUAGAGCCCAUCCCCUUUGGCAAUAUGAUAAGUUACUUCCUCUCUUCAGAUAUUUGUUCACACCCCCCUGCUCAGCCCUAAUUUAAUAACACGUUCGUUUCAAGUAAAAACCCUUGAGAGAGCUUUCACUCGUAAACUUGUGUUAAUUUACCUUAUUUUUCCUUGAAAAUUCGCAUUUGUAGAAAUAAUAAAAUUUUACGAAUUCUGGGAUGUUUUUAAGCUUUUUCAAGUCAGUCAAAAGUUAUAAGCGUCAAUAACAUACGCAAUGAGCUCAUAAUCUUAGCCUUAGCCUUAACCAUGACCAUAACCCUACAUACAGCGAAUAAGACCAGCAUUUGAAGAGAGAAAUAAAAUUUCAGACUACUGGGAUUAGGAAAUUAAAAUACAAACCAUUAACGUUACAUAAAAUGGAGUUUUCUGUAAGAUGUUUCUAUGUAAAAUGAUGAGCAUAACAGAGGCUAUUUACUAUUUAGAACAAAUAUUUUCAAAGACAAAUAUUUUUUUUUGGUAUAUAUUCUUGCAGAUUAAAAUCGCUUUCCUGCUUCAAUGUUUCCUGUUGUUGUUUGUAUUUGCACUUUGGCUUAUGGUGGAUCAAGGGAAGGGGGGAAGGGAACAGUAGCAGCUCUAAGCACCAUAUUUCCUCUCCCCUAGCUGGCCCCCCCGAUGAGGGCUGGGAGCCUGGGAGAAUAGGAGGCGGGAGAUAAAAAGGGCGGAAGGCUAGGGUGGAAUGUUAAAAAGGGUAGGAAGCGGGAGAAACGGAACGGGGAUAUUACAACCUCGUCCCAAGGACUCUUCCCAUAAAAAUGGCUCAUAUUUUUUAUUUAAACAAAAGAAGCAAGGCUGAUUUUACGGUCAGUCGAACCUCUCUAAUACGGACACCAAAGGGACUGAGCAAAGUGUCCGUAUUAGAGAGGUGUCCGUAUAAAAGAGGUCACUAUGAUGACGUCACUUUUAUGACUCCACUUGCAGUUUUAAGUGUUUAGUAGCUAAAACCAGGCUCACACUCGUCUUAAAACUGCAUUUAAGUUUAUUAAUUCACAGUACAAAAGACACUGCCUUUCAGUAGCAUACAAGAUUGUACAUAUCACCUACAUACCUACAGUCCUAGACAAAUCAUUGUUUUAAAACGAAACGAGCUACAGCUCAAUGCUGCAUGUACUGAGUAAAAAGUUGUAACGUAAAGUACAAUUCUGAAAGCGUUUUUCGCUAUUUUGCAAAUGCAGUUAAAAAACAAUGAAAAUGUAAUAGAAAAGAUCUUUAUGCCAUCUGUAGUUAUUCAAGCCUUAAAGAAGUCGGUUAUGUUCCUCUGUACACUCACAUUUACUCAUGAGCAAAUAUGAUGCAAACGCGGUGCAAAUGUGUGGCAAACAUGGUAAAAGCCGUAUUUACUCACACAUUUACAAGCCCUAUGUAAAAGUGAAGUAAAUACGGCAUUUACCAUGUUUGCCACACAUUUGCACCGCGUUUGUAUCAUAUUUGCUCAUGAGUAAAUGUGAGUAAAUCCAAUUUUUCGUGCAGUGUUGCAAAUUAAUUGUUUGGUAUACAGCGACUUGUCAUUUGAAGUCACCUUGCAUAGCUCAUCAGCCAGACUAGACGGGAUUUACCCUGUGCAGAUUCACCUUACUGGGAUUCGGGAUUCACCUGAUCACCGUAGUGUCCGUAAUAAAGAGGUUAAGUUUACAUGAAUUUGCUCUCUGAGGCCGAGAUUUAGUGUCCGUUGUCCGUAUUAGAGAGAGUCCGUAUUAUAUAGACUGAAGUUUAGAGGUGUCCGUAUUAGAGAGGUGUCCGUACCGAGAGGUUGGACUGUAUAUAUAUUUUACCAAUAUUUCGGAAGGCACGGUCUUCCUUCUUCAGGGUCUAGCGUACAAUGAUGAGGUUAAGCUAAGAGGUUACAAUUUGAAAUACGAAUAGCGUGCAAUAUGAUACUAAAAUAACAAGUGAAAAUUUAAACAAGAAAAAGUGAACGUUAAAAAAACCGUUGAAGUAUUGAUAUGAAAGAAAUUUGAAAUAAAAAAAUAGUACAAAUAAAUGAUUGCAAACAGAAGAAAUAAAAAAUGUAUUACAUUUCAUCUUUUUAGUCGAAAAGGGGCUUAAGAGAGGAACCCCUGAAAAGAGGGGUAGAAGAAGCAGGGAAUGCAAGGUGUAGGGGAGGCGGGAGGUUUGGACUCCCGUUCCCCCUACUUCGUUUUCGUUAGGGCGCCCUUCUCACACUUUAUCCGAUACCGUUUUGUAAAUGCUAUCACGAAAAUUUGACACCUCUUAAUUAAUUAUGAUAAUAUAAAUGUGGACUCAAGUUUCCUGGCCUGCAAUGUAGGAGAUGCAGGCGUGUAGUUUUAGUUGCAUGGGCGAAGCCUGCUCAUUUAGGUCUCUCAGGGGUUUAGGUACCGAGGGCCCCCAUGCAUCUUUGAUUUUUAUCAGUAAAGAAGAUUAGGGAGGCAACAUUUUUAGAAUUCAACAUGGUGGUUGCUCUAGCCCAAACAUUCUCGCACCUGAAGUAAACGCUUGCAAAAGACGUAAGCUAAAGUUUUCAGAGUUUCCCAGGCAUACUGCCAUGCGCCCCAAACCAAGAACAGGGAUCCGAGUACAGCAUGAAAACUUACUUGAAUUAGCCGGGUUCCUAUUUUUUCGCAUAUUGUUUGCGUUUGAACGAGAGUAGCCUCAAAAGCCCCGGGGGGCGGGGGUGACUCCCCUUGAAAGUGACGGGGAAGCUCGUGGUCCCUCUCUUGGGGUGUAAAUUGCAGAUUUCGGUCUCACUUGGGGUGUUUGGAACAGAAAGUUACCAUUUUUCAGGCUUUUCCGGGUAUCGCUUAGGGGCGUUAGGACUGUGCAGAAAGCAUGUCGUGGUGUCUUUUUUCGUAUGUUCUUAGUUUUGUAUGGGUCAGCUUGAGCCACACCCACGGUUCUCCCUGAGGGGUUUCAUUUUAAUUUUGCGACGAGCAUCCCUGUGACUUUUAUAUGGGAGUCCCCCACCCCCCCGGGCUGAAAGCCUCCUUCGCCUGGCUCCCUUAGAACGUCUGAAAAAUAAAUUAGGAGUACUAUAGUACUUUCUUGUGUAGUGUAGCUCUGGAGUGCGAAAGGGUAAUUUUUUAGCCGAAAUUUUGGCCUUAAAUAGCCCUCUGCCGUGUUGCCAGCCUUGCAUUUAUUUUUGUUUUUAGAGCGUCUGGGUAGCCUCCCAUAGCCUGAAUUUCAGACGAUUACUUCGAGUCGUUUCCUCCUUUCAGCAACACAACUCGUAGUAAUCGUCUGAAACUCAGGCUAUUCCCCCCACUGAUGCGGAAAGAAAACCGGAAGAGAAAUGGAGAACAACGAAGUUCAAGCUAUCAGUUCAACGGUCCAAUCACAAGACAAUAUGUGCGUCACGUGCUAAUUUCAAAUCUUACCCGGGAAGAUCUGGGGCGAUGAUCGGCGAUGAAACAGAAUGAACGAUUUUGCAGUUGAGGGAUGAAUUUUAUCUAUCCCUGGCCGAAAUCUUUUGAUUUUCCUUCGUAGAAUAGUCCUAAUAGUAGCCCCAGUAUUAGUAAUCUUUAAAAGUCUCAGAUGGCGACAACAAGUUGCGAAGGUGAGUUUGAACGGGUUGUUUGAAGGGUAAAGUUCAGACUGGCGAUUCAUGAACUUUUCUCCACGGCCGUACCCUGCUAGCAGAGUCGCUUCGAUCUUUCCUAGGAAGAUCGAAGGAGACUCUGUUUGCAGGGUACCACGGCCAUGACUUUGGAAUAUUUUGGAGUUAAAGCUACAAUAUAAGUCGUGUAAGCUUAACCUUACGAUUUUCCUACUCGACGUUAUAGUCAGGUUUAGUUAAUUCUGUCUCGCUGCCUCUUCAGCGUUUUCCUGUAGGAUUGAUGGCGCUUUCGACCUGAUAGAAGAUGAAAAAUUCGAUUUUGAUGUGCCAUUGUCUCCCCCAGAAUGUGACAUGUACAUCAGGUAAGCUUUAAAAUAUUAACCUCAAAUUUGAAGAAAGAAAGAAUUAAAAUAUAUUCAUAUUUAGGUGCACCAGAACUUCCUUUGGUCUGGUGACGAUUACAAAUACAAAAUUGCAGUUAAAUGAACUGAGAACUUAAUUUAAUGAUCAUCCUCAAUGUAAAAACCUGUUAAACUCACGGGUGACCUAAAACGUAGAAAACAAAGAAGUGAACCCAACAGAACCUAGAAAAACAAAAGGUGCGAAACAAAGAAACGUUCACAGGUUCUUACACCGAGAUAAACCCGAACUUAACCAUAAUAUAUAACUAAUACAUACGUUCAUAAUUCAGAAUGUAUGACAAAAAAAUGUAGUAAUAAUAUUAAUAAUAUUGUAAUUAUAAUUUCUAGGGAAACCAGCAAUGACUUGGAAGAUGAAGAUGAAGUAUUCUUUGGGCCUAUUGGCCAUAAAGAGAGAUGCGUAACUGUCAACAGUGAUCUACAAGAUGAUGAAAGUUUCAAACCAAUGAGUCCACUUAAUGGUGAACAGAUCGCAGAACUCUUUAAAGAAGCAACUGCUGUUUCAAUAUUUCUUAAAAGCUCUUCAACUCAUCAAAGCAUUGAUGAUGACGAAAACAACAUUUUUGACAAAGAAAAUAAUGGCAUUUGUAACAUUUUAUCACAGACAUUCAAUGUUACAGAUAAUUCACCAGAUCUCGUGAAAGAAAGUGACUUAAAAAUAACAAAAUCAGUAUCUUCAUCCGAGUCAGUUUUAGAGGAGGAUAUUACUACACAGGGAGAAAAUUCUGAUGUGAUUAUUCCUACAACCCCAAAACGUGUCCUGAAGGAAAAAAAUUCUGAGGACCAAACCAUCACAAUGCAAUUUCCAUCACCUUUCAUAGGAAGGAAAGCUCGUCCACGGCAAAAUGCCUCCAAGUAUGCAACUUCCAAACUUCCUAAGACUGACAUGACGCUGAAAACACGUAGCUGUUUUAAUUCUGUAAGUGCAUGUUUACACCAUUUGAACAUCUUGUUUUUAUGCAUGUACCUAAGUUGCACACGUUCUAUCAACCCUCUUGAUACAGUUUUUACUUGACCCUUUUAAAAACGGGUACCUUUUAGUUGACUCUCUAAAAGCAGUCCCUGUAAGACCAAUGCCUGGACUUGGUCCCUGCCUUUAUUUUCUCCUUUAACUUGACUACAUCUCUCUAGAGUUGGUCAUCUCUGCCUUUCUUUACUCCUUUUAGCUGGCUCUCAAUAAAAAUAAUGUACAUCUCUCUAGGAUGGAAACAUAGUGCCAGGUCUAAAGGCAUCUAUAACAGAGAGAGUUUGCGGUAGAGUCAACUUUUACGGUUAACUUCCAAAAAUCAGUGGUGGGUGGUCAGACCAGUCAUUAAAAUGAAAAUAAAAGAGAUUUUUUCAGAACUUUUCACCAAAAACCCAUUAUUGGCCAGCAGACUAUCUUAGAAUAGACUGACUUGGCUGGACAGUCCUGAAAAAUAGCAGGAUUCUCUUUAUAACUAGACUGUACAGUCAAGCCAGGUCAAGCGUAUGCCAAGGAUUCCAUUAAUGAAUCAUUAUCUGUUGCCACAACCAGUUUCAUUCCUGCAGUUUCAUUCCUGCAUGUGUAAUGAGCAGUCAAUUUUUUUGGAUGACUUCUCUGAAUUUGGUCAGAUUGAAAAAUCUUUGAAUGGACAAAAUUGCUUUGAAGACAUUACAUCAAAUUCAAGAAAGCCAAGCUGGUAGAAACUUAAUAUCUACGUAACGUGUGAAUUCACUGCUCAAUUUACGCAUGCGGGAAUGCAGAGAUGAAUCUGAAAUCUACAACUACCAAUGGAUUCAAAUUUCAAAUAAUAUAAUAUUAUUCAUUAAUGGAAUCUUGGGGAUACACUUCACCUGGCUAGACUAUAAUCAACCCUCGAAGUUAAAGUUUUUAACUAUCUAUUAAUAAGGUGUCUGUUUGAGCAGGGUCUCUGUUACAAUGUAAGAAAGAGUUGACUGAAUUUUUUGAAAGGGAAUGUCUAAUUUUAUUAUGAAUAGGGCUUGUAUGGUUUACAUGCCACUUUUCUUGCAGCCUAUAAAAGUUGAACAUGCUUAUGGAGUCUUAAAGACAUUGAAACCAGCUGAGGAAAAGGUAACAAAUAAAUGUUCAUGUAUACUGGAUAGACAAAGUAACAUUUUGCUAAAUAUUUUCUUCUUUUUACAUGAUUUGUUGUUGUAUAUUAAGGACGGGUCUCAAGAAUUUUUCGAACCAUAAGGUCUAAGGGAAAAGUGCAGAUCUAUGUAAGAAUAGUAACUGUUUUUUUUUUUUUGUAAUAAUUUCAUUUUGUCAGGUUCAACUUGUAAAACAGCUUGAUAAAAUCAUGUUAGGAAUUUUUAAAACUAUUUAUAAAUUAAAGUAAAUGUCCUUUUACUGAAUCUGACAAUUUGUGUCAAAUGGCAGGCUAAGGACAACACAACAUCCUCUGUAAAGCCACGAGGAACAAGGUGACUUGUUGUUUCUUUGUUGUUGUUGUUAGUAAAGUAAAGAGUUCAUAUGAAUUAAAAUAUAAUUUUUUGAAAACCAGCUGUUUUAAGCAAAAUGAAUCUUUGGGAGUAAGAAUAAUCGGCAAUGAAUGAUAACAAGUCCUCUCCAGCCCAGUCAAAAUGAGGUGGCAGCUGGCAGCAUCUUUGGGGGUGGGGGGUGGUGUUGCUCUCAGCACUGCCCACCCUUACCCUACUGGGUUAACCUGAGUCGUAAAUUUAUUUGUAAAUUAUACGUGCCACAGGUUAAACUUUUUUAACCUAGUAGGUUGAUUCUCAUUUUUCUAUGUCUCCGAGCCCUAAUCCAUGAAUAAUUAGGGCUAUAAAGAGACAAAGAAAAUUGAUUUUAAUUUUGACCUGUAACAUAUGUACUGAAUCAGGUUAGGUCAAACUUUGCCAUAUCCUAAAACUAGAAAAUGUACAUAAUGAUGAAACAACAGUUUCCACAAGGCUGAUCAGUUUAUCACUGAAAUUACUUUGCAGGAAUAACAAUACACAAAACUCAGGCAAAGGGGAUUCAUCAUUUACAGAGACAUCCUCCAAGGUAAGAUUGAUCUCUGGCCAAUAUUAUUAAUAAUUUUACUGCAGCAGUAUUGUUAACUAUGUGUGAGACUAGUGUAAAAAGCUUGUGAAAUCAAAAGGAAGACAAAGUUCAGGUCCUCUACGCACAUUGUAGAUCUUGGUCCUCUCACCAUAAAUGAUUGACAAAAUUUCUCAAUAUUGAUUUACAGUAAUCUUUAAUAAGAACAAAUAAUUAUUAUUUAUUCCUAAUAAUGUUUAUUGUUCUUAGUUACCUGUACCUUCACAAAGUGGAAUAAGACCUCCAGGGUUUGGUGUCCAGCCACGUCGUCGUCGAACCAGCUCUACAUCAUCAUCCUCAACGUCAAGUGCUGUGGCUGAUUUGAAUGACACAUUCACAGUCUCCAAGGGACCACCUACAGAUAUCUCUGCUCUUCCUAGUGUCUGUCCACGUAAGGUGCCAGCUACAAAAGCUUGUUUAAAGCCUGUCAGUGGAACCAGUAGAGUACCGAAAACUAAAUUUACUAAACCUCAAGGGAGACCACAGCCUGUCAAGGCACUCCCUCAGCCAGGGACAAGUAACAAGAAAGCUCCACCAACUCCAAAGUCCCUGGGUAGUACUCCGGGGCGUUCAAAGAGCAGCCUAACCUCAAACCAGCAGCUUGAUCGAUCCCAGACUCCCAGUAGUGUGAAGAGGUCAAAGUCCUUCACAACACCGAAUGCAGCUGGGACUAAAAGCACUAUAUCUACAGGGCAAUCAGUCAAGGGAUCACAGACGCCAUCUAAAAGGAAAUCGGAAAUCAUAGUUACACCCAGGACAAGAGGUAGCACCACAGCAACACCAAGAAAUAGCCAGCCCCCAGUUCCAACACCUGUAAAAAGGCGUGGUAGUGCUGUAGAGGCUGGUGUCUCUAAGGUUCAGACAAAAGCAAAAGACCACAGGCCAUCCACUCCACCAAACAGUAGUUAUGUUUCAAGCAGCACAGAAACCCCACCAAAUCCAGGUAAAAUGGAUGUCAGUAUUAUCCUAAUUUGCUGGUCAGUUCUGUCCACAUGUUUCAUGGCUUACAUACUUACCUGUACAUCAAUAUUUUGUCUUUUUUUGCAGUUCCUUGUAAAGUCACUAAGAGAACAUCACGAAGUGCAAAUGCUCAGAAACGACGUUCUUUCCUCCCCACCCCUCUGAGGAGUGACAGAAUUACCAGGUCUCAGUCACUAAGGUCUAGACCAGGCAGCAGUAACACAGAUAAUGCUCCACUCCCAUUCAAUAUCUCACCAUCUGCUGAGCUUGUUAAACCAAGGAGACCAGCAGUACAAGCUCCUGCCGAUCACAAUCUUGAGUCUCUUCGAUCAAACUCCAGACUGUCAGAUCCAUUUUCUCCAGCUUCUCAGAUGACCAUUGUGGAUCCAGUCAAAGACUCUACUGGUUCUAUUGGUGGUGAUGCAGUGGUCAGAAAUUUGAUUGAAUGGUCGCCUGCCUUGCCGAAGGAAGUAAGGGAUCAAAACUUUUCCCUUGGCCUAAUUUAUAUGUACCUUGGGGGGUGUUUUCUUAGGCCC